CGUUCGGUUGCGGAAGAUAAAAGGGCGAGCGGAGGGGCCAGCUGAUUAACGGCGUAAGGUGAUAUUUCACCAGAGGUCUCGGUGGUCAAGAGGGGCUCGAAAAGGUCGGUCAAUAUUAAUGCGGUGCGGCUGCACGUUCUCGUUUGGGGGUUUAGAGCAAAGCAAGUGGUUCGCCUGGCAAUGUCUCGCUCGGAGCAAUAUCGUUGGUGGUGGUAGCGGUAGUUCGUGGUGGUGGUCUGGACCGACAAGGUUGAAUUACUGGUAGAGGUGCUUGUGACAGAGCACAAUCUUUUUGCUGAUCUCAAAGCUAGUGCGGGGAACUGCAGGCAUGCGGCAGGCGAAGAGAGCGCAAAAGACACGGCAUCCCCGUUGUGAUGGAGUGAUCGGCGAUCGUCUGAAGUCGAGGACGCUACAAAGUGCUGUAAUAACCAAACACACUACAGGUGGGUGGCAGACCAGACAACGAUUAUGGCCCGGGAGGAGGGCGGCUUGGAUUUGCAGGCGAAGCGAUGCGCUGAGAAGAGAUUGGGUGCCACCUGCAACAAAAGCAAAAGGCUGGGCAGGCCGCAGAACAGCAGACGAUGGGUGGCGUUUGCCUGAUGGGAUUUGCAGCUGGCGCGAUGCGGGUGCGAUGCGGCGGACGUCGCCGGAGCAAAGUGUACAAGCAGGGAAGUGUAGCGCCGCACAGGGGGAUGGAAAGUCGUAUUAUUCUCUGCGGAGGCGACUUGACCGGGAACGCGCUUUAACAAGCCGUGUAUUCGAGCAGAUAGCGGUGGAUAGACGGGAACCCUAGACCGGCGGGAGAAAUGCCCUAGCAGAUUGGCGGGCAAGAAAAAUUGUGGUAUCAGUGGGCGACCAUCUGAUGAGUCGACAAGAACUCCAAGCUGGUUGUGGCUGGCUGGCU